AUGGAUGUUCUAGUAUUUUGCGUAUUUGCGUUUUUAGCAAAAUCCAUCUUAUGCUUUUCGAAAAGUUUAGAUACUGAUCCGAAAACUGAAAUUCCCCUACCAAGAGACCUUACUAUUCAAUCUUCUGAUGACUAUGAUCAGUCUGAGUUAAAGAAACUGACUGAGUUUCGACAAAGACAUCGCAAAACGCUGGAUGGCGCUCUUUGUGCCGCUGCUUUUGUGAGAAACGGCAACACAUUCACGGAUUGCACGACUACGGAGGCUCCUGAUGGCUCUGUUGGCCGAGAAUGGUGUUACUUGGAGGUGCAGUUGAUCGGAACAGGCGCCAGAGAUUGGGACUUCUGUGCUGGCGUCGUUGACUAUGACCUGUUGAGGGAAAAGGCGAAGCAUACAGGUCUCUCGUCAGGGAGGAGAGGUAGGGGCUUAUACUUUAUAUUCUCGUUCAGGCGACUCGACAACACCAUGUCCAAGUACGAGGAGGUUUGUGGGUCUGGCGAGCAGGACUAUGAGUCGGAUAUCUCCAGACUCGAAACUUCACUUUUGGGCGUUGAAAGAGCUAUUGAGCAGCUUCGUGCUAACAAUUCUUCGCUCUCAUCUUUGAUUGAGAGUCGCGAUUCUCUGGAGGACGAAGUCUCAGUUCUCUCCAAAAGCGCCUUGCACAAUCGCAAAAACUGUUCCAUUGUCCGGGGCUAUGAUGACCACGAGGGCCGUGCUGAUGGGUUGAGGGCCACCUAUUACGACAACGCGUAUUUUAGGGGCACUCCUUCUGGGUUCCUGGACCAUCCUAAUGUGAACUUGAUUUGGGAGGACUUCGUUCCCGUUUCAGGCGUUCCUCACGACUCGUUUUCCGUGAGGGUGGAAGGGUAUUUGAGGGUCCCUUCCACCGACAUAUACACCUUUUACGUCAGGAGCGACUGCAACUUCCGCGUUUUCAUGGACGAGGAAGUGAUUAUGUCCCAAGGCUUCGACGUGAACAAGGACGGUAUUUUAGGCCCUGUCAACCCCUUGCCCCUGGAUGGCAGAUCCACCAUGAACGUUUUCCUCAAGUCAAAUCCCUUUCACCUGAUUGGAGGCAAGCGAUAUCCUAUAACCAUCGAGUACUCGCAUCAAAAGGUCCUUAAGUACUUUAACUCUGAUGUUGCCAAGAUAAUUCUAAGUUGGUCCUCGAUGAGCAUCCCGGAACAGCUGAUUCCCCCCGAGUACUUUUUCAAGGGCUCCGGCCAGAACUCCUUUAUCGCAAUCAGCGGCCUUGAGGGCGAACACUACACUCUUUCAAUUCUUGAGAAUGGAGCGCAGGCGUUCAAGGGCGCCUCCAACUUUGUUAUCGCAGACGUGCCCGGCAGAUUCGCCGGCGCCCGGAUGAUCCGAAUGCCAACGAAACCUGCUGAGCAGCUGGUUUCCUUCGAGGUUUCCAAUGAUGCAGUUGUUUUCGUUGCAAUUCCCACCGUAUCGCACACUCUUCCGAAAAAUGAAAAUGAUGUCCCCUUCGAGAAAAACUCCGACUUGCUCUCAUUGUACGGUAUUGGAGACAAUUGUCAAGUUGCUCAGACUCAGGUCGAGAUGAGCAUUUAUUCCAUGAAGUUUUCCAGGGGUAACGUCAAACUCCUGCUUCCAAAGGACACGUCAUCCAUCAUUUUUGUCGUUCCUUCUGCAACCAGCGGUAUUUGUAAGGGCGAUGUUUCCAUCAUUUCCUUCGGACCCAAUGACAAGUGCAUCGCUUCCUCCUCUAAAAACGAAUAUUCUGGGUGUAACCAGGGGUUUGGCAACGGUAUGGUCUCUGAGGAUUCUGGUUGGAUCACUGCCAAGGAUAAAACUGAAGGCGAAUUUUUGCGCAGGGAUUUUGAAACCAUGGUCGAGCUACGGUACUUCCAUUUCGUUCCAAAGGGAUCUUUAAGGGCGUCCGUUGUCACUUUCAACUUCUCGGAUGGGACGAGUGAGGAGUUUGCGUUCACCGACGACCUCCGCUAUGAGUUCAGGACCUUCAGAAUCGUGAACUGGGUGCGGAUUGAGAUAAACAGGGUCGAAAUGCUCGAGGGAACUGACAACACGACUGGUGGACUAUUCACUCUGUUUGGCAUUGUGUGCCAGGGAAUGAAACCUGUCUCUGAGAAUGUGCAGGAGGUCGACAUCAGCUUUUGCGCUGAUAACUGUGACCUCGCCAGCUCACUCGUUGUGGACUCCGGCCAUACCAAGUCCAUUCAUCAGGGCCUGUAUUUUGGCUGGGAAACUCAGGCAAAGCCUGACACAUGUAACCAUACACACCUUGAAAAGGAAAAGGACGGGCCUAAGGGUGAGGCCAUGCCCCCGAGUGAGAAGAACCUCAAGGAAUCCGAGCAGGAGGGUGUAAAUACUCCUAAUUAUUCCACGAUUAAGGACGGAUUUUUGCUCAAGGGCAAUAAGUGGUCACUGGACGCUCCAUUCCAUGGCACAUUCCGAAUCAGGGUGAAGGUUGGAGCAAAGUGUCGAGAUUUAACAGAGGUUUCACUAACAAUAAAUGGGUAUGAGGUCUUUGGGGUUGAGAAUCUACAUACAGGUGUAACUGCAACUGUAAGUUUAUAA